AGAGUAGUUGACAAACAUUCGAUCGUUCAUAACAUUUGCUUUCGAAAAAUUAUUGGCUUGAGACGUUCUUAACUUCAGUUUAUUAAUAUAAAUAUUAAAAUUAAUAAUAAUAUUAAAUAAAAUGUCUUUUGAUACAAUACCAAAGGAUUUGAGGGGAUUACGUGCCUGUCUCGUUUGCUCUUUAGUUAAGACUUUUGAUCAGUUCGAAUAUGAUGGAUGUGAUAACUGUGAUGAUUUUUUAAGAAUGAAGAAUAAUAAAGAUAACGUGUACGAGUUCACCAGCAAUAACUUUGACGGAAUUAUUGCUUUAAUGAGUCCUGAAGAUUCUUGGGUCGCUAAAUGGCAGAGAAUAGGACGUUUCACACGUGGAAUAUAUGCAAUAUCAGUGUCUGGUAAUCUACCACAAACAACAUUGAGAGAAAUGAAAAGUCGUGGUAUUCCAUAUCGACCAAGAGAUACCAGCCAGAGAUAAUUUUGUAGAUUUCUAUUCCCUCAGAGUAAUUGAAAUUAAUCUUCGUCGCAGUAUACAUGCUAUUUAAGUAGUAACUAUUUGUAAAUUUAAAACAUUCGAUUAUUACAAAAAAAUAAUGGAAAAUAGCUGCUACGGC